AUGAAAACCCUUGAGAGCUUAGAUGCAUUAGUAAGUUGAAGACUUAUUUUCUGUUCACACCAAAGACUGCGUUUUACUUCUAUUUAAGCACCCUAGCAAUUUCCAAUGUAGUUUUACACAAUCCUUUUAAUGUUUUGGUUUUUAAGAGCCCAGACCUUCACCAAGAAUUUCCAGUUCCCUCUGUUGGGGGAGUUUAAAGAUUUUUUUUUUUUUAAUAUCAUUCAGAUCAUAGAUGCCAGUUUACAACAAGCCAAGGGGAAAAAGAAAUCUUUGGUACAGAGAAUUCAGGUAAGGAAUAAAAUUAUAUGGUCCUCUCAUAAUUCAUGCUUGGAGACCCAGAGGAGACAUUGUGUGGUUGGAUUUGUAGUGCAUUUUUUAUGACCCAAAUGACUACCCCCAGGUACCCAGGGAUGCCCCACAGUGCACAAUAUUAUUGCCCUACCCCAACACCAAACUACCCUCAUCACACCUGACACCAUCUUGGAUUAACGAUAGUUAUACGGUGUCAUGCACUUCCAAUUCCAAUCUGUCAGUUCUUUGUUUACCUUAUACGGUGAAGUUUCGAAAAUAACGACCCUCAUCCCUUUCGGAUUUAGCACUCUUCUGCUAUUGCCCCUUUUUGGAAGCUCACUACUUUUGGGGGGUCGUUACUUUUGGAUGGCUAAAAAUGUGUACUCCACAUUGGCACUUCAAAAAAUAAAAUUACAAAAAAUGUGAAAGGAAUACUUUUUGAAAAAAGGUAAUGUAUAUCCUGUACUUUAAGGGUUAUGAAUAGGAAUGUCAAAUAAUCAUUAUUAAUAAACUUCGGAUCAGUAUGGCAUUUAAUUUGUCCAGGAUAUCGAUCAUAUCCAUUGUUUUUUUUUUUGCAAAAAGGGAAAUUAGUUUUUAUGUCUCUACUUUCAGAGGGUCGUUAUUUUCGGGGGGAUCACUACUUUUGGGAUUUGCUAACACCUGUGACAUUUUAUCGCUACUUUUGGAGGUUUGCUAAUGUUGAGGGGUCAUUACUUUCGGAACUUUAUGGUAAUGCUGCAAAGUUCUGCACCACAAUGAUUUUUUUGCUCCUGUACAAAAACUGAGAAGAACUCAAGCCAGAAUGACUUUUUCUAGCAUUACGUUUUAUGGUGGUGCUGGGAACCAGAAUCAACCCACAGAAGUAAAAAAUUUUCGCUGGUGUCAUUUAAGCACCCCCCUUAGAUCACAAAACUUUUUGUGAUAAUAUUUCUUAACAGCCAGUCUUCCUUUUUUUGCAGGUUUUGCUUGACAAGACCGAUGAAACAUCAAGUAAAAUUGAAUCUCUUAGAGACAAGUGUUAA